AUGGAUAGCGAUUUGAACAUGCAGUGGUUGUCGAGGACAUUGCUACCUGCCAUGUCAGGCAAAACCAGUGAGAAAGUAAUUUUUGCUGACAAUGUUAGUUUUCAGCAGAGGAAACAAUUCCAUGAGGCUUGCAGAAAAGAGGUUAAUGCGUCUGUUUACCUCCUGCCUGAAAAUCACACUGAUAAGGUGCAAUCCAUAGAUGCGAGGGUUGGAAAACUUUUCAAAACCAAAGUGGGAGAGGCAAUGGAGAAGUGCCUUGAACAGGAUGAAAACCUUGAUUUGUGGCAUGACAAAAUUGGUGCUAAGGACAGACGCAUUCUAAUGACAAAGUGGGCUGGAGAAGCCUGGAAGGAGCUGUCAAAGGACAUGGAUCUGUUCACAAAAUUGUUCCAAAAAACUGGCUGUUUGAUAACAGCUGAUGGUUCAGAUGAUGACAAAAUCCGACCCCAAGGGCUAGAUCCUUACCUUAUUUAG